AUGUCUAAUAGACCGGUCGCCGCUGCCACCCCUUUGGCUCGAUCGCUCAUUCGUGCGAGCCUUCGUCGAAGCCUUAAGCGUUCCCAAUACAAUCAGCCCGCGUUUCGCUAUUCCUCAACAACUGUUUCCGCCUUUCAUACGAACCUCCAGGGGCCAGCGCUGCCUAACAUCGCGCCUGGGAGGAAGGUGACAACGCCACAAACGCUGACGGAGAAGAUCCUUCAACGCUAUUCGGUCGAUCUUCCGAAGGGCAAGGUUGUCCGAAGCGGUGACUACGUCCAGAUUCAACCUCACAGAUGCCUCACACAUGAUAAUACCUGGCCUGUGGCCAUGAAAUUCAUGUCCACAGGUGCUACCAAGAUCAAGGAUCCUGCUCAGCUUGUCUUUGCACUUGAUCAUGAUGUACAGAACACGAGCCCCAGUAACUUGAAGAAGUCAUGGGAUCGGCCACCAAAUCAUGGCAAGCUUCUCUGCGUCGAAUUCAUACCAGGGACCUUAAGUUUGCUAACGGAUGCCAACAUGUACGGAGCUCUGGGAAGCUUGGGAGUGGCCUUGGUCAGGAGCGACGCGGCCGGAAUAUUUGCUACUGGGAAGAGUUGGUUCCAGUGUCCCCCAGUCGUGCAGGUGAAUCUUCUAGGCACACUACCCCCAGGCGUUCGCGGGAAGGAUGUUAUUGUUGCGCUUUGUGGGCUCUUCCCACUGGAUGUGCUGAACCACAGCGUUGAAUUUAUGGGAUCGGAGGAAACCAUGACUAGUAUCUCCAUGGACGACAGACUGACAAUCAGUAAUAUGUCGACUGAGUGGUCUGCAACAUCCGCAAUGUUUCCGAUGGAUGCGAUACUAGAACGUUGGCUCCGAUACAAGGCUACAGAGGCAGCAAUGCUAGAGGAUCGAACGACUCGACAACGAAUUACGCACGAAAUGGUUGACGAACUCUUUUCCAACCCUCUCCGAUCUGAUCCCGGAGCGCACUAUGCAAAGAAACUCUACCUUGACCUCUCUACUCUGUCGCCUUAUAUCUCUGGACCUAACUCCGUCAAAAUCUCGACACCCCUGCAUGACCUCGCUACAAAAAACAUCAAGAUAGACAAGGGAUACAUUGUAAGCUGCACUAACUCGCGAAGCUCAGAUCUGAAGGCUGCAGCCAAGGUAUUUCAAGCUGCCGCCGAGUCAAAUGGUGGUAGGAUCCCCAAGGUUGCAGAUGGUGUUAAGCUAUACAUUGCAGCAGCUUCAGCCAGAGAGCAGGCUAUUGCUGAGGAUGAAGGUAACUGGCAGACCUUGGUAGAGGCUGGAGCUACCGUGCUCCCACCUUCAUGUGGCCCAUGUAUCGGACUGGGCACGGGUCUGCUAGAGGAUGGCGAGACGGGAGUCUCUGCAUCAAAUCGCAAUUUCAAGGGCCGUCUCGGAUCAAGACUUGCUCAUGCGUACCUUAGUAGCCCCGAGGUUGUGGCUGCGAGCGCUCUGAACGGCGUUCUUUCAGGUCCCGGCGUUUACGAGGUGUCGGAGACCUAUACUGGCGUAGAGUACGGUUACGGCACCGGAAAACCUGCCACUAUCGAAAACGAGCUCGGCAAUGCCCUUGAACAGCUCGAGUCUCUUAUCGACAGGGUUCAGACGACUGCUCGUAUUGGCGAUGAUGCUGCCCAAGCAGUCACGAAGAUCCUCCCAGGCUUCCCAGCCAAGAUAAGCGGUGAAAUCGUCUUCGCUGAUGCUGACAAUCUGGACACCGACAACAUAUAUGCUGGCAAAUUUACCUAUCAAGACUAUAUGACGACGGCCGAUAUGGCAAAAGUCUGCAUGGAGAAUUAUGACCCGGAGUUCAGGUCAAUCACAAAGCCCAACGAUAUCCUCGUCUCAGGGUUCAACUUUGGGUGUGGCUCAUCAAGAGAGCAAUCCGCAACAGCUCUUCUGGCUAGGGAAAUCCCACUUGUUGUGGCGGGCAGCUUCUCUAACAUUUUUGUCCGGAACGGCGUUAAUAAUGCACUGCCUUGUCUAGAAGUGCCACGUUUAGUGGAGCGUCUUCGUACUAUCUUCUCAGAAAACAAGGUAUCUACCCGGCGUACAGGCUGGACCCUGACAUGGGAUAUUGCCCGGAGCAUUAUUGAGGUACAGGAGGGGGAGAAUGGGGAACGCUGGGAGGAGAAGGUUGGAGAGUUUCCUGAGAAUUUGCAGGAGAUUAUAGCCAGGGGGGGGUUGGCAGGAUGGAUCAAGCAUGAGCUUGCGAAGGCUGCCUAA